UCAAGCCUUCACUUUCCAGUCUACCCCUUAUGACAGACAAAUGUGAGAGAAGGAAACGGAGGCUUUUUCAUUUUUCCAGUUCAGGAACUUUCUACAUGACGGUUGUUGGCUACAUCAAUACAGGAAAGCAGUUAACCCACUAUAAAGUUGAAUUUUCCGGGGAUUACUUCCAUCAAAACAGGAUUUAAUAGCCUGCAGGCCGAGGUUAUGGAUUUUAACCUUCUGACGGACAAUGAAGCACGUAGCCCGGCACUGUCGCUCUCCGACUCCGGGACACCUCAGCACGAUCAGGGAUGUAAAGGCCAGGACAACAGCGACACAGAAAAGUCCCAUCAGAACCAGACAGAUGAGUCAAACCCAGAGGACGGCUCUUUAAAGAAGAAGCAGCGCAGGCAAAGAACACAUUUCACCAGCCAGCAGCUCCAAGAACUAGAGGCCACCUUCCAGAGGAACCGCUAUCCAGAUAUGAGCACACGAGAGGAGAUCGCUGUGUGGACGAACCUCACAGAAGCACGUGUGCGGGUAUGGUUUAAGAACCGCCGUGCCAAGUGGAGAAAGAGAGAAAGGAACCAGCAAGCUGAGCUUUGUAAAAAUGGCUUUGGUGCCCAGUUCAAUGGACUCAUGCAACCAUAUGAUGACAUGUAUUCUGGCUACUCGUACAACAACUGGGCUACCAAAAGCUUGGCCAGCAGCCCGCUGUCAGCUAAAAGCUUCCCCUUCUUCAACUCCAUGAAUGUCAGCCCCCUUUCCUCACAGCCCAUGUUCUCCCCACCCAGCUCAAUCCCCUCCAUGAACAUGGCUUCCUCUAUGGUGCCCUCGGCAGUCACCGGGGUGCCAGGGUCUGGCCUAAACAACCUGGGGAACCUGAACAACCUAAACAGCUCCACACUCAACUCAGCAGCAGUGUCAGCGGCAGCUUGCCCUUACGCCACCACAGCCAGCCCUUACAUGUACAGAGACACCUGUAACUCCAGCCUGGCCAGCCUCCGGCUUAAAGCCAAGCAGCAUGCAAACUUUGCAUAUCCAGCUGUGCAAAACCCUGUAACCAACUUAAGCCCCUGCCAGUACGCUGUGGACCGGCCCGUAUGAAUCCCUCCUGCCAGUCCUAUUUGAGUCCCCUUUCCCACCCUUAAACUCUCUCCCAUCUAAUCCAGCAUUUUAAUUUUGAGGCAUCGCCCAGCAACAUGCACUGCUUAAGAACAUGUGGUUUAUAAUAAGACUGAGCGCUAGAGAAAAAAUGCUCAUGAGGAAAUAAAAGAGAAAAAAACAUACAAAUGGACCAUGGCUCAAAGGACUCCGUUAGAGUAUGGUGAGACCUUGAUGCUGAAUCGACCAACUGUUAAAUGGAUCUCUACAGUUUUGUCUGCCACAUGAGUAGAGUUAAAUGACAAAGAGGACUGGAAUAGUUUUGCUGCACUGCUAGGAACACCUUGCAAAGUUACAAUGUUUGAAAUACUCUAAUUAUCAAAAAGCCUUCAAGGCACAUGCUUUUGCAAUACAGGCAAAAGGAUGUACAUAAUGAACUUUCUGUUUUGUAUGUGACAAAAAUAUCAAUGACACAUAGUACUUUAAAGAUGAGAUAAGCAUAUUGCUGAAGAGCAGAACCUGGAUCGAUGUGCCACGAGUACCUCCUUUAGGAAUUUUAAUCAUUGUUGUGAAUUCCAUUUACCUAGGACAAAAAGUCAAGGGUCAAAGGUUGCUGUCAGAUGGAAGACAAAAAGUAGCAAUGAAUAGUUUCAAAGAAAGACAAAUACGUACAAGAAUAAAAUAAGUUCUAACUCUGUUGGAACGUUUUUUAAAAAUAAGUAACUAAAAAGCCAUUGAAUAUAUAGUUUUGUGUGGUGUUCUAAAAAGGGAGUAUAUGACUGUAAAAUAAUGUAUGUAAGAGUGCAGUUGUUAUAAAACAAGCAUUUGGUGUAGCCUGCUUUGUCUCAUUAAAAGGUAAAUAAAUAA